ACGAGCGGAUAAAUUCUCUGCCUCUGCAUGAGCACCACUGCCUGCUUUCUGCUCGCUAGUCCUGAGGGCACACUGCUCUAUGUGUGUGAUCUGCGCAGGCGCAUAACCGCUCUCUCAAUCCUCUACUGAGCAUUCGCAUUGUGUCUAAACAGCCGGCGAGCUAAAAAGAUAUUUUACCAACAGCAGUAAUGUCGGGCAGGUCGGUCCGUGCGGAGACCCGGAGCAGGGCGAAAGAUGACAUCAAGCGGGUUAUGGCCGCUAUUGAGAAAGUACGAAAAUGGGAGAAGAAGUGGGUGACUGUGGGAGACACCUCUCUCAGAAUCUACAAGUGGGUUCCAGUGACUGAGCCUAAAUCUGAUGACAAGAGCAAGAACAAAAAGAAAGGCAAGGAUGACAAGUACGGUUCUGAGCUUACCACUCCGGAGAAUAGCUCCUCUCCUGGGAUGAUGGACAUGCAUGAUGACAACAGUAACCAGAGCUCCAUUGCAGACUCCUCUCCGCUAAAGCAGGAAACCAGUAACAACACAAGUCCGGCCCCAGAAGCCGUAGCAACGUCUCAGAGUGACAGCACAGAGGGAAAGAGUGAACAGAGUCCGUCACCCGCAAAGGAGACACUGGUGUCUAAUGGCAAGAGUGAAUUCUCUAAAAAGGAGGGAAAGAAUUCAGGAGAACAGGAAGCUUUCUCGGAUGCUUCUAAAACUCCCCAGGAAUCAGAAGAUGGUGCUCCUCCCAGUAAGAAGGGAAAACUGGAGUACUCCGGCUCUGGGAGUCGAGAGGAGAGCUAACUCUGUCCACUCCUACAGAGACUUCCGCCUUUUAGCUCUCUGGCCUCUGGUCACCCCCCCCUCCCCUGGCCAUCACUCCCUGCUCUCCCUCUCUCUAGGUCAAGCCUCAGGCUCCUGUAGUUUCUGCUUUUCUUUGGGGUUUUUUUGUUAAAAAGAAAAGAAAACUGUGAGACCCGCUGCUGAUGUUACACACACACACACACACACAUACGUACGUACACACACACACACACACACACACGUGCGAGUGCACUGUGGCCAUAGAUACCCUCCUCCUCCCUGAUGUUCCCUUCCAUUCUUUUCCCUCACACUCAGGAGGGUCCACACACUGUUCUCAUCUGGCCCUGCAUCUUUUUGUCCUGCUGCUGUAACACACACAAACACACACAAACUCACACACAUUCAUGCCUGUCACCUCUGCCUCCUACCCAUGGUCACAUGGAGUCUCCAGCCAAACGCAUGUUUUUAGACUGCGCUAUUGGCCAGACAUGUGCCGGAUACACUAGGUGACCACCCCAAGUCACAAAAACAAGGCAGAUGUGUAUUUUUACUUUUUUUUUUUUUUUAAACAUGUUGAUUCCUGAUCUUUUUUUAAAUCUUCAAGUGCCCUCUCUCUGUGUUCCUCUCAUCCCUAACUUUGUACCACCCCCCUCACUCACACACAUGCACACCGUAUCAUGUCAGCACAGCCUGCAAAUGAGGUAUAGGCAUGGCAAAGUAAUGGUCUACAUCUGUGUAGACACAGUACUGUGAAAUGCAGGUUACCAUUUCAGCAGCUCUGCAAAUCCCUGAAGGUGACACUGCAUAUGUGUCCACAUACUACAUACCACACAUACACCGCUGCCAUUUUUAUAUUGGUCACACUUUGGGCCUUGAGUCGAGAGAUUACUCUGGCACCAAUAGGUCAUUCUCCAGAUCUGUUAGCAGGUAAUAACCAGCACAGCCUCUUGUGUGUGUAAGAGGUAGUACUGCUGAUUGAAGAUCGGUCACUUGGAUAUAAGGAGUAUCACGUGUGCUUGCUAAAAGGUUUCACCACAAGAAAAAGUAGCUUGUGGGACAAUGUGCUUGUUAGCAUAGCAGCGUGCUAUGGUAGUGGCAUCUUAGUGGCAUAGGGGUGUGCUAGCAUGGCAGUUUGUUAGAGUAGCAAUGUAUCCCUUGCCUAGUGGUCCCACGGAAUCUAUGGAAAACACAAAUGUAACAAAAAAAAUGACACUGUAUAGAGUGGACCUGUUCAGACAGCACCUGUGACAGACUGGAGAGGGGGUGGGGCAAUAUGCAAUGCCUCAAGAAUAGGUCCAGCAGUGCUGGUACUUCAGACACUAAAAGUUUCCAUAGAAAAAAAAAAUCUCUUUUCUCAGUUCACGUCUGCUCGCUAAGGUAUGUAAAUAUUUAUACCACAAAUUCUUUUUUUUGUUACUCUCUUGUUUUACCAGAGUCCAGCCAAACUAUUGCCUUGUGUAAGUUCGGUCUCUGAACCUGAGGAAACAAUAGAAUGUUAGUCUUGGGACCAUAUUUGUUUAGUUUUCUGGUUUAUUGUUUUUCACUCUGCAUUAGUAAAUUCUUGUACAGAGGUUAUGAUUGCGUUUCACUUAUUUAUUCUAUAUGUACUUAUUGGUUUUAUAAAAAAAAAACAAAUAAAAGUACUUUUCCUUGUAAA